AACAGAAUUCAUUAUGUCAUUUAAGUUUGGGCAAUUUCCGUACGGAUUAAUUCUCAUACGGGCUUUAACCAAGUACGUCCACUAUGGGCCAAGGUUAUGGGAUUGGAGGUUUAAUCCUCGUUUCUAUCUUACUGUUUUUUUGUUUUUUUUGUUUUUUUUAACAAUUAGUACAAAAAGUUAAACGCAGACAGCUGGCAGUUAAUCCACUUUUCGCCUCAAAAUAAGUCCAUUAACCAUUAGCCAACUGCCAACCGACCAUCCAAACUCUCUCUCUUCCUCUCUUAUCUUGCAAACAACCAAAAUCAAACAUUAAAACUCAUUAAAACAAUUCCUCAAACAAUAAAAAAAAGUCUGCUUUUUGUGGGGUAUUAGCCCCCACUCCCUCAUCAUCAGAACUCAUUAUCUCUUUCCUCUUCUUUCCUGUUUUAUCUCUCUUCUGCCGUUACUCCACCAGAUCCAAUGAAACCAAGAGAGCAUCCCCAAAACCCAAAAUUAAACCCAACAAAUUUGAACAAUCCCUAACCUUAUUAAUUAUUGUUUUAAGUAUUAUUCCCUCUUUGAACUUUUUCUAAUUUAUGGUUUCAUUCCUUUUGGAAAGAAAAGAAAAACCCAUCUUUUCUCUUUUUCUUGGCCCCUCAUUUCCCAAUUUAUUAUAACCUUGGCGUUUCAAUUUUCAAUUUCGAAACCCUAGAAGAAAAGAAAAAAAGAGUAGAUGAAAUGGCGACAAGGGGGACUAGAUCAGAGAAGGUGAAGAGGAUUUUCCAGCAAUUUGACACGAACCGAGAUGGGUGUCUUAACAGGGAUGAAAUGGCAGCGUUAGUCGUCGCUGUUAACCCCAGGGUCAAGUUUAGUAACGAACAAAUCAACGCCAUUCUCGACGAAGUGUUUCGAACCUAUGGGGAGUUCAUUGACAGUGAAAAGGGGUUAACUUAUGACGGUUUGUUGAGAACUUACGACGAUGGAGCCGGUGAUGUGGACCGUGACUUCGACGCGCUGGGUCUCGAGCUCAAUUUCGACCAGAACAAAGGCGCGUCGAUUGUUUCCGAAGCAUCUUCGUCGUCGAUUGUGGAUGAGAGAUUAACGGAGUCACAUAAGAAGCAACGGACGGCAACGUAUGCUGUGUCGCCGCAUCAUGGGAUAGUUUUCGAUGACACGUGGAAGCUCGUCGAUGAUUUGGAGAUUUUGGUGAAGAGAUUGAAAGCAAAGCAAGCAAAAGAUGUGAAAUUUAAAAAUGAUAAUUUUGAUGUGUACUCGGAUGCUGGGUGGUCAAGGGAAUUGGGACCGUCUGCAGAGCUUUCAGAGAAAAGGAUAUACUGGGAAGAAUCAGGGCCUGAUUAUGCUGUUUUUGUUAAAGAAUUGGGAGCUUUAAGGAAUAGAGCUGAUGGGGCAAGGUCGAGAGAAGAAGCAUUUGAUGGACACAUGGCAAUUGGGAGAGUUUUAUAUGAGCAUCAGUUGUUUAAAGAAGCUUUGAUUAGUUUCAAAAGGUCUUGUGAAUUGCAGCCAAUGGAUGUGAGACCACAUUUUAGAGCUGGGAAUUGUUUGUAUGUGUUAGGGAAGUAUAAAGAAGCUAAAGAAGAGUUUUUGUUAGCUUUGGAAUCAGCUGAGGCAGGUGGUAAUCAAUGGGGUUACUUGCUUCCUCAAAUUUACGUCAAUCUUGGGAUUGCUCUUGAAGGAGAAGGUAUGGUUUUAAGUGCUUGUGAGUAUUAUAGAGAAGCUGCCAUUCUUUGUCCUACUCAUUUUAGAGCUUUGAAGCUUUUAGGUAGUGCUCUUUUCGGGGUAGGGGAACAUAGGGCAGCUGUUAAGGCUUUAGAAGAGGCUAUAUUUAUGAAACCAGAUUAUGCUGAUGCACAUUGUGAUUUAGCAUCAGCUUUGCACGCUAUCGGUGAGGAUGAGAGGGCAAUUGAGGUUUUCCAGAAAGCUAUUGAUUUGAAACCGGGUCACGUUGAUGCUUUAUACAAUCUAGGCGGGCUUUACAUGGACUUGGGUAGGUUUCAGAGAGCUUCUGAGAUGUACACUAGGGUUUUAGCUGUGUGGCCAAACCAUUGGCGGGCACAGCUCAAUAAGGCUGUGUCCUUGUUGGGGGCUGGAGAAACUGAAGAAGCUAAGAAAGCUUUGAAGGAGGCUUUGAAAAUGACAAAUAGGGUUGAAUUACAUGAUGCCAUUUACCAUCUGAAGCAGCUACAGAAGAAGAAGAAGGUGAAGACUAACGGUGGUGCCAAUGGGGAAGGGGCUUUUGUAAUAGUGGAGCCAUCAAAAUUCAACACGGCGGGUGAGAAGACUACAUUGAGGCAAGAUUUAGGAAAUGCUCUUCAAAUUAGGGCUUUCCAGAGAAUUACUAGAUUGAGCCGUUGCAAAGUGGAUCUCUUGAAGAAGGAAAUGAGUGAAACUGAUGUACCACUCUCCUACUCUGGUGGUGGCGGUCCUCAGAAAUCCAUACGCAAGCCCAAUUUGGAAGAAAUUCUAUGCAGAUUACUUAAUUUUCUAAAACCUGAAACCUUCCAAGGAGCUGUCAAAGCUAUAAAUGAGAAAAUCCUCUCUGUCUUGGAUGAAACAGGAUCAGGCAGGGUGGACUUGGGCAUGUUUUAUGCUGUUCUUGCCCCCAUUUGUAGUGGACCUCCAGAUAAGCGAAAAAGGAUUGCCUUUGAUGCACUCUUAUGGCGGCCAGUAAAUGAAGGUGAUUCUCGGAUUAGAAAAGUAGAUGCUGUUCAGUAUAUCAAAUUGUUGAGGGCAAUUUAUGUUCCUUCUCAUGGAGUUAGUGAAAUGCUGGAAGUUCAUGGAGAAACAGAAUCCUCAAAGGUAUCUUUCAAUGAAUUUCUUAUCAUGUUCGAUGAUCAUGAUUGGGGCUUUGGUAUCAUGUCCACUCUGUUGAAGUUAGAAACUGGAGAUAGGAAUCGACAUGGACGCCAUGUUUGUUCAGUUUGUCGUUACCCAGUUAUUGGUUCCCGCUUUAAGGAAGUGAAGUCUCAUUUUAGUCUUUGUAAUCAAUGCUACAGUGAGGGAAAGGUUCCUCCUAGCUUUAAACAGAAUGAAUAUAAAUUCAAAGAGUAUGGAAGUGAGGCUGAAGCGAUGAAAGAUAAGUGCAUGUGCUUUACUUUGCAGUCCCACAAGGCUCCUUAGCUAACUGGUUUAAAGUCUUUUUGCUAAUCUUGUACCAUUCCAUUGUGUUAUUUUAGUCAUCCAGUGUGCAUUGUGCAAUAUAUAGUUCAUCAAUUGUGUUCAGUGGGCAUCAUGCCUUUUUGUAAUAAACCGUUUUUCAAGUGAUGGCUCUGAUAAUAUCCCUAACAAUUGGUUGUAGAGAUUAUUUUUACUCGUUCGUUUUUGGGAAAAAAAAAAACUUGAGAUGGUGUAUAUUGAAUUUGUUCACAGAUGUUACUUAAUAUGAUGACUUAAAAGAGUGUUUUCAGUAGUGUUAAAUUCCCUUCUACAUAGGAGUACUCGUACAUCAUUUUCUUGGUAGGUGAU